AUGUCGGCAUCCAAAGUCUUCCAGUGGAACGACCACGAUGACUUCCCUCGCGACUUCAAAGGCUACGGUGAGCAGUCUUUCGACCCACAGUGGCCGAACAAUGGGAAGAUCGCCGUCUCUUUUGUGAUCAACUAUGAAGAAGGGGCUGAAAAUUCUGUGCUUUUGGGGGAUCCAGGCUCGGAAUGUCACCUCUGGGAGGGUGUGGGCAACACUCCGCAUAUUGGCGAGCGUGCGGUCAACAUUGAGUCCGAAUAUGAGUACGGCUCUCGCGUCGGAGUUUGGCGACUUUUCCGCCUUUUCAACAAGUACAACUUUAAAUACACCUUGUAUGCAGUGGGCAAGGCCAUUGAAGAGAAUCCAGAAGUUGCGAUAUCAUCGGUGAGAAAUGGCCAUGAUGUUGCUUCGCACGCCUACAGGUGGAUUGACUACCACCACGUCUCUCGGGAGGCUGAGAAGGCGUACAUCAAGAAAGGCAUCGAGGUGAUCCGCGACAUAUGUGGAAAACCACCAUCAGGAUGGUACUAUGGUCGGCUGUCGCCGCGCUCGCGUGCUCUGGUCUGGGACGUCUACCAGGAGAUGGGUAUUCCCUUGCUCUGGCAGUCGGACACAUAUGCCGACGAUGUCCCAUACUGGGUCGAUGUUCCUGCCGAGGUUAGCAGCCUUGAUCCCAAGGGAAUGCUUAUGAUUCCCUACUCUUAUGACUGCAAUGACUACAAAUUUACGACACCAACGGGUUUCAGCGGCAACAGCGACUUCUACGAUCACAUCAAAAGCGCCUUCGAUGUUUUAUACGACGAGGCAUCAUCAGGCCUUGGAGGUAAAAUGAUGACAAUUGGUCUGCACUGCCGAUGCGUCGGCAAGCCUGGCAGGAUGACUCCCCUAAUCAAAUUUGUUGAGUACAUCGCCGCCAAGCAGGGAGUUUGGGUAGCUACACGAACGCAAAUUGCGGAACACUUCAGAGAGAAAUUCCCGUACCAGAAGGGCAAGCUAGCAGAACCAAAGAGUGGCUGA